AUGCAAGCCCUCACGGGCCGCGUGGCCCAGCGAUGCCUCGGUGCAUCCUUCCUGUCCGGUCAAUCCAUCCGUGCCAUGUCGGGAGCGCCGGACGUCAAGCUGCUGAUCGGAGGAGAGUUUGUGUCCAGCAAGACCGACACAUGGCAGGACGUCGUCUGCCCGGCCACGCAGGAGGUCGUGUCCCGCGUGCCGGAGACCACCCCGGCCGAGUUCCAGGCGGCGGUAGACGCGGCCAAGGCGGCCUUCCCCGCUUGGCGCGCCACCGCCGUGCCGACGCGCGCGCGCGUGUUCCUCAAGCUGCAGCAACUGAUCCGGGAGAACAUGGAGGAGCUGGCCGCCAGCGUGACGCGCGAACAAGGCAAGACGCUGGCCGACGCGCGGGGGGACGUCUUCCGCGGCCUGGAGGUGGUCGAGUACGCCGCCGGCAUCGGCCCCGACAUGAUGGGAGAGAUGCUGGAGAACGUGUCCACCGGCAUCGACACCUACAGCAUCCGCCAGCCGCUGGGGGUGACUGCAGGCAUCUGUCCCUUCAACUUCCCGGCCAUGAUCCCGCUGUGGAUGUUCCCCAUGGCACUCGCAACAGGCAACACCAUGGUCCUGAAGCCCUCAGAGAAGGACCCGGGCGCCGCCAUGAUGCUCGCUGACCUGGCGCAGCAGGCUGGCCUCCCCAAGGGCGUGCUGAAUGUGGUGCACGGUGCCCACGGCACGGUGAACGCCAUCCUGGACCACCCCGACAUCAAGGCGGUGGCCUUUGUCGGCUCCGACGCGGGCGGGGAGCACGUGUACGCGCGCGGCUGCGGCGCCGGCAAGCGCGUGCAGGCCAACAUGGGGGCCAAGAACCAUGCGGUGGUCAUGCCCGACGCCAACUUCGAGGCCACGGUGGCGGCGCUGACGGGCGCGGCCUUUGGCGCCGCGGGGCAGCGCUGCAUGGCCAUCUCCGCCGCCGUCUUCGUCGGGCGCGGGACGCUGGAGCGCUACGCCCCGGCGCUGGAGGCCAAGGCGCGCGGCCUGCGCGUCGGCGCGGGCUGGGAGGCGGGCGUGGACGUGCCGGCCCAUCCGCGCGGCAACUGGCUGGGGCCCACGUUGCUGACGGGCGUGACCCCGGACAUGGAGUGCUAUCGGGAGGAGAUCUUCGGCCCCGUCCUGGUCUGCUUGGAGGUGGACUCGCUGGAGGCGGCGCUGGACCUGGUCAACGCCAACCCGCACGGCAACGGCACCGCCGUGUUCACCAGCCACGGCGCCACCGCCCGCAAGUUCCAGAGCGAGGUGGAUGUGGGCAUGGUGGGCGUCAACAUCCCCAUCCCGGUGCCGCUCCCCUACUUCUCCUUCACUGGCUGGCGCGGGUCCUUCCGUGGCGACCUGCAGAUGAUGGGCAAGAUGGGCGCGCAGUUCUUCACGCGCACCAAGACCGUGACGGCCAGCUGGCGGGACCACGACCCCAACGACGCCAUCCCCGGGCUGGCGGGCGUGGGCGCCUCCACGCCGGCCUGA